AUGUCAAAUAUUGAAAUACAAAUUCCACAAGAAGAAAUGGAUUGUUGUUGUUUAUUAUGUAAAAUGAAAAAAGUUGUUUUACAAAAAAAUUAUAUACCGUGGAUUUCACUUGUUCGAAUAUUUUAUCUUUCAUUAAUGUCUUUAUUUCCAUAUAAAACUUUUUUCUCUGUAAAAAGUGAUAUUCCAGAUUUUAUUAAAAGUCAUUGGUCAAUUCUUUCUCAACUUUCUCAAUUUAAUGGAAAAAGUAGAUGGAGAAAAAGUAUGUUAGACGCUAUUAAUCAUUCUCGUUUUUUUCAAUCAGGAAAAGAUGAAUAUCAUGUUUCUGGUUAUUGGAGAUUAAAAGAUACUUCAAUCCCAUUUAUAGAAAACUGGGAAAAUGAAUCAAUUAAAUCUGAAAUUACAACAACCAACUCAAUUGAAACUACAACAGAUUCUAUUGAGAUACAACAUACUUAUUCAUUUAAUCAAAUAGCUCAAAUUCAAACGAAUGAAUUACUUAAAAAUUAUUAUAUUAAAACAAUUCAACAAGCUCAAAAUAAUAAUCAAUAUCUUGUGUCUAUUUAUUCACAAGUUAAUUCUAUAUUUCAAUUACAUGUUCAAAGAGAAAUUAAAAUUAAUGAACAAUUAAUUCAAAGAAAUACAGAAGCAUUAUAUAAAAUAACAGAUAAUAAAGAAUAUAAUUAUUCAUCAGCUUGCUUAAUGAUAAAAACUGUAUUUUAA